CGGGAGCGCAUCUCCUCGUGGGGCGAGCGGCCCAGCGGCACUCGCAUUCCCAUGGAGAUAGCCAUGUUGAGGAAGGUGCGCUCCGGCUGCAGUGCCAUCAUCCAGCUCCUCAGUUGGUUUGAGCUGCCCCACUCCUUUGUGCUGGUUCUGGAGCGUCCGGAGCCAUCGCAGGACCUCUCCAACUUCAUCAAAAAACGGAGGUUCCUGCCCAAGGAUCCGGCGCGGGGCAUUUUCCUCCAGGUGCUGGUGGCUGCGCGGCACUGCCACAGCCGCGGUGUCCUGCACAGGGAUAUCAAGCCCAAGAACAUCAUCAUCAACUUGGCCACCAGAGAGGUCAAGCUUGCUGACUUUGGUUGCAGCACCCUCCUCAGGGACACGGUCUACACCAAAUUUAGCGGUGAGCCCACAGCCCAGGGUGCUUCCGGUACCGGGCGGUUUGUGAACAAGAGUCAUGUGCUGAUGAUGAGGUGGCGGGUCACACCGAGCGUGCGUCCCCACGUCCGUGGGGCCACCGGUGCAGCCCCUGCAUCCCUGGGGAUCCGCGGGCGAGAAUCCAGGAGCAGGCGGCAUCUGCCUAAUGAGGUGCGCCCGUAUCCUGUUGUAGGAACACCUUUGUACUACCCGCCGGAGUGGUUCCGCUGGCACUGCUACCACGGCCGUCCGGCGGCGAUCUGGUCCCUGGGCGUGCUGCUGUAUGAGAUGGUGUGCGGGGUCCUCCCCUUCCGGUGCUGCGAGGACAUCGUCAGCGGGCAGCUCUUCUUCCAGCGCCGGAUCUUUAUUGGGGGGCUUGUGGGGAUUGGAUUCUGGGUUCCUUGGAGAGCAAUAGGUCUCAGAGGGACGCCUCAUAAGAGUUAA